AAAAGAAAUUCAGAAUCAGAAUUUAAUUUAUCAUGUCAGUAGGGAGCCCACCAACUAGAAAAGUGUUUUGGAAUAAAGUGCUUUGUCAAUGAAACAACCUGACAGAUUUUAACAGAUUGACUUGGUGCGAGUCAAAUGUUUUCCCGACACUUUUGGCUGGUGGGAUCUGUUCGUGAGCAUGCGCGGCCAUCAAGGGCGGCCACGAUUCUUGUUAGAAGUUAUGAGUCACGCGUUUGCCGUUUAACGCUCAAAGGAAAGUUGGGAGUUGUAGUUCAGCUGGACACCGGACGAGUUCACUUGGAGCGUUUUGAGACUACAAACACUUCAGCGCGGCGCAGGCGCGGUGUUUGACGUGGUUGGGGGAAAAAACUCAAAGAGUCCGGAAUCCCUGCCGUUGUCGACUGAAGCGUGGAAAGACGCUGUAAAAAAUCGAAAUCCCGAAUUGCUUUCAGAGUCCACAAUGGCAGAACGGGUGAACAACUUCCCACCGCUCCCAAAAAUCCUUCGCCUCAAGCCCUGCUUUUAUCAGAAUAUUGAAGAGGAAAUUCCGGCACCGCAUCAGCAGUUGGUUCGCAGAGUCUACACUCUUUGGAUGUUGUAUUCAGGCACUCUGUGCAUGAACCUUAUCUCUUGUAUUGCAUGGUGGGCUGGAGGUGGAAGCGCCACCAACUUUGGCUUUGCUCUGUUAUGGCUCCUUCUCUUCAGCCCCUGUAGUUACACCUGCUGGUUUAGACCACUUUACAAGGCUUUCAGGGCUGACAGCUCGUUCAACUUCAUGGCCUUCUUCUUUAUCUUCUUCCUUCAGUGUAUUCUGGCCUUAAUCCAGACUAUCGGCAUAUCUGGCUGGGGGACCUGCGGCUGGAUUGCCACAGUGAUCUUUUUCAGUUAUAACGUCGGCUCUGCUAUAGUGAUGCUAAUCACAACACUGCUCUUCACAAUGGUGACUAUUCUCAUGGUUCUGGUUCUCCUGAGGGUCCACAGACUGUACCGUGGAGGUGGUGGGAGUAUGCAGCGUGCUCAGGAAGAGUGGAGCACCGGCCUGUGGAAGAGUGCGCCAGUGAGAGAAGCAGGGUUCAAUGCUGUCGCUCAGACAGCUCAGGGGCCCAGCCUGCCUCAGUACCCUCAAGCAGUGCCGAGCUAUCCUGACAACAGUCAGUGGUAGUGACUCCCAGGCACCUCCAGGAGGAGACGCCUGGCUGGUUAUUUCUGUGCUGCUCAAAGGCUGUGCAGCAUUUCGUUGUCAUCAGAUGAUUGUUUUAGCAAGUGUUGUUCAGUAAAAAUGUUCAUCACAAUGUUUUUGUCAUUCCAUACCGACCUUGUUUACAUGUUUCAAGUGAAAAGGUGUGUGUAUUUCACAGCCAAAACAAAGCGAAGUCUCAGGACAGCAGACUAUAAAAAGCAUGUGCCUUAAGAAGUUUUCUGGUUGCCGCAUCUCUUUGUACCUUGUCCUCUAACAAGCAUGUGUUGCUUUGUGUGAAACUAAUACCAUCGCUAAUAACAUGUUUAUUCAACUGCCUGCUUCAGUGAAGCAAUGUCAGCACGAUAGCCUUUGAUAAUGAAUGAUCCAUAACACUUUUAAUUUUUCUUGGUUAGCCACACAUUGCUUUCAGUGGUCAAGUGCAUUUUAUUUACAUAUUGAAUAUUAGAUCAAUUUUCUGCUCACUCAAAGACUGAAUUUUAUUUUAUUUUUUGUAUGACUGACUGCAUUGUGUGAGGCUCUGCGUGUGGCUUUAUGUCUAUUUGCAUCUCUUAUUUCUGGCUGAUGAUUAAAGCGAGCACAUGCAUUAACAUUGAAGUGUAAUAUUGCAUGUAUCUGUGAACUGGCCUGCUUCAUUACACCGAACACCUGGAAAAAUAACUGACAUGUUUGAAUCUUCUGUGUGCACGGAACAUUCUUGUUUUGGGUCAAAUGUGCCCAGCAAUGGCUCACCAGAAUUUGUGGAACCUGAGCAGAUUGUGUUCAGUUUUCUUGUGGCAGAAGUGACCUUCAGAGCCUGGGUCAAUAUUUGACAUUGUCCGGACGCUGUGAGGAUGCUUUUAAUAACCUUAACUUAAUGCAACAUUUCAAUAAAUAUUCAGUGUUUGAA